CAUCAAUUGAUCAUCAUUUGAUUUGAAUUUUUUUCUUCUUCUUCAAAACGAUAACCAUGCAACGAUCAUCAUCAAACAGUGUUAAUCAUCGGCAAACGACUUUACCAUCAUCAUCAUCAUCAGUGCUUAAUUCGUCGAAUCGUCGUAAUUAUAAUAGAUCUCAUAAUAAUUUUAAAUUUCAUAAUUUUGUUUUCAAUGAAACAAAUCAAAAAUUUUGUCUAGAAGAACAGGAUGGUAAUAAAAAAAUAACCGUAUUACAUUGGAAAUCAUCAACAGAUGAUGAUCAUAAACAACAACAGCAACAGCAACAAUUAAUGAAUCAUCAAUCUAUGAACAUUCGACAAUGUGAUUCAGAUUCAAAAUUGAUUAAAAGUGAAAAAUAUAAAUUUACACCAUCCAUACCAUCGAAUGUGGCCGUUGUUGUUGAUGAUGAUGAUGAUGAACAACAAUCGACCAUCGAUAAUCGAAUCGAUACAAAUGCUGAUGAUGAUGAUGACGAUGGUGAUCGAUCAAGAUUUGCACUAAAAUCAUCGGCAUCAUUUCCAUUCACAAAAAAUGUUGCCGAAACAUCGCCAAUGAAUUUGGCUCAAACAGAUAAUCAUCAUGACAAACAACGACAAAUAAUAAUCGACAAAAAUCAAUCGAAUCAAAAAUAUUCAUCAUUUCUACCUCAUCUAGUCACUGGUGGUGAAAAUAGUUCAUUCAUUUCAAGUGAUUUCAAUUCAAUUUCUUCUUCAGGUUCGAAUUAUUCUUCAUUUCAUCUAAAUUCAUUACCAUUACAAUUAUCAUCAUCAUCAUCUGGUAGUAAUUAUCGUUAUGGUAUGAUACAAAAUGAUGAUCUCCAUAAAUAUUAUCAUCAAUGCAAUAGUGGUUCAUCAAUAGGUACAAGAACAACCACGACAACAACAUCAUCAUCAUCAUGUUCGGCAAAUAUUAAUUUUUCAUUAGAUAAUCUUCGAUUAAAUGAAAAUCGUACAUUUCGUCAUCGUAGAAAAAACAAUGUUCGACGUAAAACAGCUCGUAUUCCAUCAUUGAAUCAUCGGCCAAUUAUUGUCGAUGAUGAUAAUAACGAAAAUGAAGAUGAUGAAGAUGAUGACAUUGAUUCUGCAGUAGAUUCUGACCAUGAUUCUGAUGAUUUCGAUGAUGAUGAGGAUGAUUUAUUCUAUCGAACAUAUCGAAGAAAAAUUCAACAACGAUUAGAAAGUAUUAUGGAUGAACAACAUCAACAAGCUCAACAACAACAACAACAACCAUUAGAUUUAUCAUUGAAGAAAUAUGCAGAAGAUAUGGAAAAUGAUGAUAAUAAUAAUAAUAACCUAUUCUCAAAAGAUCUCAAUACAAGAUGUGAUAACAAUAAUGAUGAUGAUGAUAAGAGAUAUUCGAAUUUGAAUAAAUCAUCAAUGAAUUUUACAAGCCAUGAACAUCAGAUACGUAAAGAUGUAUUAAGUCCAUCGACAUUAAUAUCAUCAAUCAAAUGUUGCUCACCAUCAUCAAUGGAUAAUAAUAAUAAUCAUUAUCAUUCAUCAUCAUCGAAUCCAUUUGUGUUUAAUCAACCAUGUUCAAUAUCGACAACAACAACAACAACAACAACAACAGAAACAAGAUUAUUAGAUAAUUAUCAUACAUCUAUACCGUCAACAUCAUUCUCAUCAUCAUCUUGUCAUGAUCAUCAUCAAUCGCCACGGUUUUGUCAUACAAAAUCCACCGAUAUAUUUGAUGCAUUAUUAGAGGAAGAGAUACAAAAAUUUUUGCACAAUUCAACCGGAACAUCGACAUCUACAUCGAUACCGAUGAUCAGAAAACAAACGAAUGAAUUUGAUAGAAAAAUUGAAGAUAAAUUAAAAAAAUUACAACAAGAAAUUAUAGCUAAUAAUCAAUUAAUAUCUGAUAGUGAUAUUUAUCAAUUCAUGUCCGAUUCAUUCAAUGAUAAUGAUCAUUUACGUAUGCAUUUUAAAUUUGAUUCAAAUAAAAAUUUAGAACCAUAUCUAGUGGAUAGUGGUUAUCGAACUAUUGGAACACGUGGAUCGUCAUCAUUACGAGAAUUUUCAUCACCAUCACCAUCAUCAUCAUCAUCAUUGUUGAAUACGCUUCCACGUAGUCGAUUAAAUCAUCGAAAUCAGAUACGACGUCAUCUGGAAGAUGCAUUUAAACAGAAUGGUUUCCUUGUAAAGACAAAACAAGUAAGCGAUGCCAAUAAUUCGGCAAUGUUUUGUAAAUUUCGUCAGUUACGAAAAUAUACACGUUAUUAUUUAAAAUCAUGGCAUAAUCAUUUACCGGAUGAAGUGAAUAAACUAUGGAAAGGAUUUUUACCACCAAAAUCUGAACGGCCUACAUUUUUAUCCAAUGAUAAUCAAACGACAACAACAACAUCAUCAUCAAUGGCUUCUAUCAUCGGUGAUGAUGAUGAUAAUUUACAAAAUAUUCAUUCAACAAUGGCCAUAAAUAGUAGUCAUUUGAUGGAAUGAUGAUAAUCAAUCAAAUCACGGAAGAAGAAUAUUAAAAAAAAACACAAUCUAGUCACGUCAGAUUCUAAUAUUUAUAUAUCAUCACAUGACACACAUACAGAUCGGUGUAUGGAAUUCGAAUGUUUUUGUUUUUUGUUUUUUUUUACGAAAUCAAUCUGUGAUGCAUGUAUGUGUGUGUGUGUGUGUGAUUCGUUAUCUGUUGUUUUUUGUUGUUGUUGUUGUUGAUUUUUAAUUUCGAAACAAAUUUGUUGUAACUAAAUAAAUGAAUGAAAAACUAAA